GAAAACGGAUCGUUCGUUGCACUUUUAUCGGAGAAACGCUGAAAUCUGUAAAAUAAUAAGUUUUCUAUGGAUUUAGAAUAAUUAAACCACUUGUACUUAUUAAUUUUAAUUAUGUUUUGGAGCGGUAAUUAUAUUGCAGUCAGAGAGUUAAAAUUUCUUCUCAAGGAAGAGAAUGUAUCUCUGACUCAAGUUCUGGAGGCGGAUGACAUCCUGCAGGAGUGCAAAGCUGACAACAAAGCCUUGGUACAGUUCUUGACAAAACCAGAAGUAUUGGCAGAGCUGAUAACUCUGAUCACAGAGGAGCCGCCAAAGAAUGUGGAGCUGGCAUCACAGUACCGUCAUGCAAGCAUUGCAUGUGAGGUCCUCACAAGUGACCUGUCCAUACUCAGUGACCGGCUGUCGCUGGACACUGUGCAGAUGAACCGCCUCUGUGACUUCAUCAACCAGGAACCUCCACUCAACCCAUUAUUAGCGUCAUACUUCAGCAAGACUGUUGAAAUGUUGCUUGAAAGAAGUCCUAAACAGGACUGGUACCUGUACCACAUUGUGUGCCUCCGAGUGUUGGACUUCUUCAAGUCGCGGCGAGACUUCUUGCCCAACCUACUGCGGCACCUCGCCACCUCCGCCAUCGCAGAUACCUUCAAGUACUUCAUACGCCUCGACGAUCUCUUCAACAAGAUUGUUAUGGAGUGGUUAGAGGAGCACCAGUUCCUGGAGAGUCUGAUCCAGAUAAUCUGCGGGACGUAUGUGCCGGAGCCUCUGCGGCCGGCGGCGGGGGCCGACGCUCACAACCACAGCGCCGACACAGAACACACAGAGAAGGCUGAGAGAGAACUCAGUGAGAAACCUGACCUUAAUCAUAAAGAGGACGGAGAUGCUAAAGAAGAGGACAAACCGAGUACGGCAGAGGACGUGGUCCCGCGCGUGGACGACGAGGUGGUGGAGGAGGCGGCGCGGCGCAUGCGUGCGGUGGCGGCGGCCAACGCGGCCGGCCUGCUCUGCGACCUCAUCCUCAACGGGUGCGCCGGCGAGGGCUGCACUACCAGGCUGCGCACGGUGUGCGUGCUGGUGUCGCGGCUGCAGUCGGAGGCGUGGGUGCGCGCGCUGCUGGGCGGCAUGUUCACGAGCGCCGCGCCGGCGCGGCCCGCCGCCGUGGUGCACGGCUGCCAGGUGCUGCUGGCGCUGCUGUCCGCCGACCCCAUCCUGGGCGGGGCGGGUUUUGCGGCGGAGAGGACGAGCGUGGAGCUGGCGGUGGCGCCGCACCUGCCGCUGCUGCAUCAGGCGCUGUUGCAAGAGCCCGACGCCGCACUCGUCACCCACGACACACGGCCCGGGGACACUAACCAUCAACGAGAAGGCUGCAGCGGGCGCGUGGGCCUGGCUCGCGUCCAAGUAUGCGCGCUGCUGGCGCACCUGGCGCUGUCCGAGGUGGAGGAUGUGCCACAGACCAUCAUCACGCUCGGCACCCCGGGCACGCUGGUGGAGCUGUUCUUCCAGCACCCGAGCAACAACUUCCUGCACGCGCAGGUGUACGCGCUCGUCAAGCACGCGCUCAACAACCGCGCCUACCGCACGCAGUACGCCAACCACCUUCUAAUAGAAUGUGAUCUGCUUACACGUCUCAUGGACGUGUUCGAAGAAAAUGAAAAUAAAAAGGCGGGCGUGGCGCGCGCCGGCUACAUGGGCCACGUGGUGCUGAUGCUGCGCUGGAUAUGGCGCGCGCUGGACGAGCAGGCCAUGGGCGAGCUGCGGCUGCCGGCGCAGCUGCUCGCCCGCUACGACCUCUUCCUCGAACACAAGCUCAAGCCGCUGCUGCAGCAGCACGACACACCGCUCGGUGGCUACUAUCCUUCUGAAAAUAUAUACGAGGUAGAGAACAUGGCUGACACAAUGGAAGCCGGUUACGAAUUCAACGACAUGGUGGGCGGCGGGCUGGACGACCUCGGGGACGACAUCAACAUCGACGCCGUCGGAGAGUUGAACACGGAAGGUGGCGAGGGAGGCGAGGGCGGCGCCGAUGAGGAUAAGAUGUCAGGCGCCAAGAGCAGCUUCCUCGAGCUGGCCAGCCAGCGGUUCGACGACGAUAUGUGGGAGGACUCGCCCGAUCUGGACGACGAGGUGGUGUCCGGCGCCUGCGCACACGACGUCAACGACGUGCUGCAGGCCGUCUCGCCGUGGGAGUCUGGCGGGGAGGUGGGCGCGGCGGCGGGGGGCGAGGGCUGGGCGCAGUUCAGCCUGGCGCCCGCCGCGCCGCCCGCUGACCCCUUCGCGCCCACCGCUGCCUCGGGGCAGGGCAGCGACUUCGCGCAGGACUUCAACGCCUUCUGGCCGUGCAGCGACACUGCGGGGGAUACUGAUGCGAACACACGGGACCUAGACUUAGAGCAGAAUAUGUGCAACCUCCGGUUGGAAGAGAGCCUCGAGACGGACGGCAGUGCGUCCCUCGCCAACAACCUGCUGACGGCCAUGUCCGGCAUGGCGCCCGACCUCAUCGCCAACAUCGUUAAUGCCAACAUGGACGAGCCGCCGUGCCCCGCCCCCGACCCGACGCCCACCCCCGCUGACCCCGCUCCCACCCCCAGCGACCCCGCCCCCGCCCCCGCCGCCAGCGACCCCGCCCCCGACCCCGCCCCCGCCGCGGCCCCAGCCGACGACCCCGCGCCCGCGGCCGCAGCGGACAGUUGA